CAAGGAAGUGAAAAAAAGUUCUCAGUUAAUCUACUUACAAACUAUUUGGUUUAGUAGGUCAAAAGCCAAGUUGUUCGCCAGACAUAUAACAGUACGCUAACACAGAUGAAAAGCCUGAGUGAACGAGGCGUUUUGUUUAGAGGCUGUGUUCUCGCAGCCUCACGGUCACUCACGCUCUGUCGGGUGCUUUCAUUGACAGGACUGGUGUACUGAUAGGUUAAGCGACUUUAGCAAAAAGUGCUAAAGGUCUGAUAGCAGAGAAGAUGAAGAUGAUGAUAUUCUUCAUCGUGGGACUCAUUGUCCACGUAGUCUUCUUUCUCUCAAUAUUUGACAUCUAUUUCACAUCCCCUCUUGUCCAUGGAAUGACACCACAGCAUGUCCCUCUGGCUCCUCCGGCCAAGCGCCUGGUGCUCUUUGUGGCAGAUGGUCUGAGAGCCGACAGUCUCUUUAAGCCAGACGACAAUGGGACAGGCAGGGCUCCUUACCUAAGGAGUGUGAUUGAGGAGAGCGGCACAUGGGGAGUGUCUCACACGCGAGUCCCUACAGAAUCACGCCCAGGUCACGUGGCUCUAAUAGCGGGCUUUUAUGAGGAUGUUAGUGCUGUUGCCAAGGGCUGGAAGGAGAAUCCGGUGGAGUUUGAUUCUGUUUUUAAUGAGAGCAGACAUACCUGGUGUUGGGGAAGCCCUGACAUAUUACCGAUGUUUGCUAAAGGAGCCACUGGAGACCAUGUGCACACUUACACUUACCCUCCAGAGCGGGAGGACUUCGCCUCCACUGAUGCAUCCAGACUUGAUACAUGGGUAUUUGAUGAAGUGAAGGAUUUUCUCAAUGUUGCUAAAAGCAAUGAAACUCUACUGAAUAUGUUACAUGAAGAACAGAAUGUGUUUUUCCUUCAUCUUUUGGGGAUAGACACCAAUGGCCAUGCCCACCGGCCCAUGUCAAAGGAAUAUCUAGAGAACAUUGGCCUUGUUGAUUCUGGUGUCGCUGAAUUUGUCAGUGUGAUGGACGACUUUUAUGGGCAUGAUGGAAAAACGGCUUAUAUUUUUACUUCUGACCAUGGCAUGACAAAUUGGGGAUCUCAUGGUGCGGGACACCCAUCAGAGACGCUGACCCCACUGGUAGCAUGGGGCGCUGGGGUUCAGACAGCACAACGGGAGGGCUCUCACAAAUAUGAUGAUAAUUAUUUAAAAGAAUGGGGGUUAGAAACAUCCAUGAGAGUGGAUGUCAAUCAGGCUGAUAUUGCUCCUCUAAUGUCAUCUCUUAUAGGAGUUCCCUUUCCUGUGAACUCUGUGGGCGUCUUACCUCUGAAUUACCUGAAUAACAGCCAGCACUUUAAGGCUGAGAGCAUAUAUGCAAAUGCAAUUCAGAUCUUGGAGCAAUUUAGGGUGAAAAUGGCACAGAAAAAAGAAACAACAAUAUCCUUUCUGUUUACACCCUACCAGCCUCUGAGUGACUCUAAACAGAUGGAUUUUAUGCGUAAUGCAAGAAAUUUGAUCCAGAAAGGACAGUUUGAUGAAGCAAUCCGUUAUUGUGAAGAUCUGAUAGUCCAGGCCAUGGAGGGCUUGUCAUAUUAUCACACUUAUGACCGACUCUUCCUUGGCAGCAGUGUGGUUCUGGGUUUUAUUGGUUGGACCUCUUAUGUGGUUUUGUUCAUCCUGAAGACACAUGCUAGCCUACGCAAACCUCCAACUAACAUGCACAUGGUAACAGAAAGGAGUCUGGGCCAGAUGUUUCUGUGUAUAGGUCUGCUUGUGGCUCUGUUCUUGAUGGUCCAGUCCAGUCCUUGGACCUACUACAUCUACUGCUUGCUCCCUGUGCCCGUGUGGUUUUCCGUCAUGAGGGAAUUUGAAACUCUUGCCAGUCUGGUUCGAUCAGUCCCAUCAUUACCACUCAGCAAAUGCUUUGGAUAUUUUUUGCUGGUUACGUUUGGAAUUGAGUUACUAGUUGUGAGUUUUUUCUAUCGGGCCAUGUUGACCUUGGGGCUGGUGGUGCUGGCACUGUGGCCUAUGGUUUCUGGCCUUUACACAAAAGCAAAGUUCAGGUCAUUAAGCUGGAUGUUGAGCUGUCUCUUUCUGGCUGUGUUUCCACUGUUGCCUGUGGUGGGACGGGAACCAGACGUUAACUAUGUAAUUUGUGCUGGAGUGCUGACCCUCUUCAACUCGUCCUCAUACCUCUGGUCAUCAUGGAGCUGCUCUCCUCUGAUCCGAAGGGAUCGUCAGCUGUUCAUCUGCCAGAUGAUGCAGGUGGUGCUGUGUGCUUACAUCCUGACCAGCACACACUCCAGUCUGCAGCUGAAGCAAGGCUUGCCACUCUUCAACCAGCUUGUUAGCUGGCUCACACUAGUUUCCUCAUUUUUGAUACCGUUGUUGAGUUCCACCAGGCUCUUUCGCAGACUUCUGAGUAUCCUGAUGUCCUUAGUUUGUGUCUACCUCCUCCUGAGCACAGGGUAUGAGGCUCUGUUUCCUCCGGUGUUGUCAUGGCUCAUGUUUGCAUGGAUAAACAUUGAGCAGGAAACCAUGAACACGCAAGGGAGUUCAAAUCGGACUGAGCUCUCCAGCACUGAUUUUGCUGAAAACAUUGACAUUACCAAGAUCAGGCAGCUGAGGCUGGAUGACAUUCGGAGAUCUUACUUCUUUGUGUUUUUCAUUAUAAUUGCAUUCUUUGGUUGUGGUAACAUUGCCUCUAUUAAUAGUUUUGAUCCAGCCUCAGUUUACUGCUUUCUGACCGUCUUCAAUCCUUUCAUCAUGGGUGGCAUGUUGAUGUGGAAGGUGUUAAUUCCAUUUGUAAUUGUGAUGUGCACAUUCGAAAGCAUUCAAGUGUCAACACAGCUCUCAUCACGAAGCCUUUUCCUCGUUGUGCUUGUCAUCUCAGACUUGAUGGCAUUGCACUUCUUUUUCUUAGUAAAAGAUCAUGGAAGCUGGCUUGACAUAGGCACUAGUAUUAGUCACUAUGUCAUCGUAAUGUCCAUGACCAUCUUCCUCAUGUUGCUGAGCGUCAUGACGCACUUUUUAACCUCCAAGAGAAUCCUCAUUGGACGGAAACGAAAGAUGCACUUUAGGUGACAACCUAGUACCAGGACCUUCCUCCUAAUGCUUACAAGGUGCAAAAAACAAGCAUUCAAUAGUACAAUAAUAUGACUGAUGUUAAGAGUGGGGUCUUCCUGUUUCUGGGUAUUUCUUAACAUCAUUGUUACUUAACACUUAUGACUCUGCAUCUUAUAAUAGGAAGACUCUGUAUGGUAUAACUAAUAAAUAAAGUGAUCUGCUGUUAAUACAUACAGCGGAUUUACAGGUAUUUUAGUUCUGGGACUUAAGGGGAAAAAAGGCCACGAGACUGAUUUUGGUUCAAGGGAAAGUACUUGAUUAUGUCUCUGUAUAUGUACUGUAUGAUUUAUACAUAAGGUGAGGAAUGUUACUGUACUUAUUUCAGCUGAUUUUAACUGGGAUGUAAUUCUCAGAUGGUAAAUGUGUAGUUUUAUAAUACUGUGUUUUAAUAUUAUGUAAAUAUAUAAAAUUAUUUAUUUACAAUAAACAUUUAAAUUUAGUGUCAUGCCUU